UAAGUACAUUUUAGCAUAUUUAUUUUUCACUAGGGUACAAUAUAAGCAAACCUGAUCAGUAGUCCUCCAAAGAGAAUUGUUUAACACUCUUGGGUAAUGAUGACAAAACAGUUUGUGUGUGAUACACAUAUAAAGUGGUCAAGCCAGCUCUUCUGAAACACAUCAUAGUUUUUCUUUUGAAUGAUUACCAAGUUAAAGGGAAUGCAACAGCUGUCUGCCACUAUAUUAAACUGAAGUGACAACUAUUUAUCUAUUAGUCAUCUAACUUCAUGGACAACCUGACAUUCAGAUACAGCAUACUCUUAAUGGAGGGACUACAAGUUAAACAUCUGUCCAAUCAUCUUGCAUUCAUCAUUUUUUUGCUUGCUUACAUAUUUAUUAUAGUAUUUAACAUUGGGAUUUUGAUUCAGAUCUCAGUGGAAAAAAGGUUACAUCAGCCUAUGUACAUUCUUUUCUGCAAUUUGCCACUGAAUGAUUUAUUAGGCACAACCGUUCUUUUGCCACGCUUGAUGAGUCAUAUUUUAACAGACCCCUCUGAGCGCUACAUCACAUAUGUGGAGUGUGCUAUGCAAGCUUUUUUUGGACAUGUGUAUGGAACUGCAUCCCACACUAUUCUAAUGAUCAUGGCCUUUGACAGAUAUGUGGCCAUUUGCAAUCCAUUGCGAUACCCAACUAUAAUGAGCAAUAAUAUGGUGGUUAAACUGUCGGCAGGCGCCUGGGGUGCUGCAAUAGUGCUGGUGGGAAUUCUGAUCGGCCUCAGUUUACGUCUGUCUCACUGCAGAUCUGUGAUUCAAAAUCUGUUUUGUGACAACGCUUCACUAUUUAAACUGUCCUGUGAAAAUACAGUGAUUAAUAAUGUAUAUGGAUUGACUUUUACUGUGGUUUUACUCACCUCCUCACUGGGGUGGGUGUUAUUGACAUAUCUCAGAAUAGCGAUGGUAUGCUUCAAAAGCAAAAACAAAGCAACCAACAGCAAAGCAAUAAAAACCUGCAGUACUCAUCUGGCUGUUUAUAUAAUCAUGAUGGUUACUGGAUUCACUGCCAUUUUGCUUCAACGUUUCCCUGCAUACACUGAAAGUAAAAAUAUAUCUAGUGUAAUUCGCCAAGUUAUUCCACCAAGCUUGAAUCCUAUAAUAUAUGGUCUACAAGCCAAGGAAAUAAGACAGAGACUGUUUAAACUUAUUUACAAAAAUAAAGUUAAUUCAAUGUGAUUUUUUGUUACGUUACAUUUUGCUAUAUUUCUAAUUUUCUUUGAGUGUUAAUGACAAAGUUUAAAUAUACAUUGGUCUACAUUUCUAUUUCAUUCUAAACAUUACUUGUGUGAAUAGCCUAUAUAACAUUAUAUGCAUGGAGGGCAUCAACCUUGUGAUAAAUGUGGACAGUGGAAAUAUAAAAUACAUGCUAAUAAGAAGUAUUUUAUGUCCCAGGAAAACAUGGAAAUCACUGUAAAACUUACAACAAUUAAAACACAUAUUGACCAUAACUUCUGAACUUUGUGGUUUAAUCUAAUCAAAAAUGUGGAAUUUAAAAUGGAUGUUAUAAUAUUUUUUAAAAAAAUAAUGUUCGUA